CUUCCAACGUGACUCUGCUUUCCCCUGUUUUCCACAUUUUCACUUUCAACUUCUAUAUCACUCAAUUCUCUCUUCUUCCUGAAUAUUUUCUCCACAUUAACCAAAAAUGGCCAUUCCUCAUUCCCCCAUUAAACCUCAAUCUUCCUCAAAGCUCACAACCUUCUUCUUAAUCUCCUCAUCUUUAUGCAUUGGCUAUUUUUUCUCCUCUGUUUUCCUCUUACGCACUUUCCACCCUUCUUCAAACCAAAUUUCUUCCCCUCUUUCCCUCCAUCAAAUCGUCUUCGGAAUCGCCUCGAACAAGGAUUCGUGGCCGAAAAGAAAAGAUUAUGUUAAAAUUUGGUGGAAGCCCAAUUUAAUGCGUGGUUGUGUUUUUGUCGAUGACAUUCCUCAAAACGAUGACGCUUCUUCUUCUUCUUCUCUUCCCGCCGUUUGUGUCUCUGCUGACACUUCCCGUUUCCGUUACACUUACCGUAGAGGUUCCCGAUCGGCGAUAAGGGUUGCACGUGUCGUUCUUGAAACGGUGGCUGCCGGACAUUCCAACGUGCGGUGGUACGUUUUUGGUGACGACGACACGUUUUUCUUCCCGGAGAAUUUGGUGAAGACUCUGUCUAAAUACGAUGACGGGCUCUGGUAUUACAUCGGAAGUAACUCUGAAACUUACGACCAAAACAGAAGAUUCAAUUUCGAAAUGGGAUUUGGUGGAGCUGGAUUUGCCAUUAGCCAAUCUUUGGCGAAAACCCUUCGAAAUGUCUUUGAUUCGUGUCUAGAACGAUACCCACAUCUUUAUGGAAGCGAUUGUAGAGUUCAUUCUUGUUUGGCAGAGCUGGGUGUUAAGUUAACCCAUGAACAGGGGUUUCAUCAGGUGGAUUUGAGAGGUAACAUUUUUGGGCUUUUGGCUUCACAUCCAUUAACUCCAUUAGUAACCUUGCAUCAUUUAGAUUAUAUAAACCCAAUUUAUCCUAACAAAACCAUUGGAGAAUCGCUCAAACAUCUUUUCAAAGCCGUCGAGAUGGAUCCUCACAGAGUCGUGCAACAGAGUGUGUGUUAUGAUCGGUGGUUCUCGUGGACGAUUUCAGUGUCGUGGGGUUACGCUGUUCAAAUAUAUGACCGUCAUGUUUUCUUGACGGACGCAUUUAAUGUACAACGAACCUUCACUCCAUGGAAGAAGGAAUUGAAGGCGGAACCUGGAUCUUUUGUAAUGAACACAAUGGAAAUUCAUGAAGAUCCAUGUCGCCGGCCCACGGUUUUCUAUUUCGAUCAAGUUUCUUCCGACUGGAGUGGAUUAAUCAAGAGCAGUUACAAGAAAGAUUUCGUAAAUUGUUCUUUUGGUCCAGCUUCUCCCAGAAGACUUGAAGAAGUCAGAGUUUUGUCUCCUAAACUCAACCUCGAUUUAAAACAGUUGCAGGCUCCGAGAAGACAAUGCUGUGAUGUAUUACCAUCAACCGGAGGUGAAGUAUUGGACAUCGCCAUUAGAGAAUGCAAGGAAGAAGAAUUGAUUCAUAUGCAUUAACUAAUUAACCACAAAAUUAGAAGCUAAUUUAAUUUGGUGGAAUUGAGGGCCAAAAUUGGAUCGGUAUUUUCUAAAAUGAAAUGAAGCAGCCUCAUUAAUUAUGACGGUUUCAUUUUAUGGUAAACUUGUUCUUUAGAUACCAUUUUUGAAUGUUACUUUUGGAACAAAAAUAAAUGUUCUUAUUAUUAUUCAUUGUAUGUUACAAUCAAACAUUAUACAGACACAUGUAU